AAUGGUUUCUUGAUUAUAUUGAUGAUCUCGCUACGCCUGACUUGAAGAAAACCCUGACUCAUUCCGCACACCCACCUACCCUGACACACCAUACAACGCCCUCCCUUGCCAUACAACACAAUCAGUACCCCAGGCCCACCAUGGCUCCACUCGAGCCCAAAAAGGAAGACGUCCCUGAUAGGCUGGUGAUGAACAGCCUUAUGCCAGCCCAGGACCACCAAGCCCCGCCGCCUCCAGACCCGGGCGUAGAUAUGCUUUACGGAGUGGAGGACGCCCCGCCUUGGUACCUCUCCAUCUUCUAUGGCUUCCAGCACUACCUGGCUAUGAUCGGAGGCACCAUCGCCAAGCCAAUCAUUCUCGCUACGUACCUUUGCAUCGAGGAAAGUGACCCAGCCCGCGGCGCCCUGGUCUCGUCCAUCAUCUUCGUGUCCGGCUUGGUCACCCUCCUCCAGUCCACGCUAGGAGUCAGACUCCCCAUCAUCCAAGGAGGGAAUUUCGCCUACGUGGUGCCCAUCAUCGUCCUCCUGAACACGUCUUUCGAGCCGUGCAGCCAAGUCCCUAUAGCCAACAUGACUGCGCCGGAGAAGCAGGAGUUGUGGCAGGUGCGCAUGCGUGCCGUCCAGGGUGCCAUCACCAUGUCGGCGCUGAUGCAGGUCAUCGUGGGCUUCACUGGUGUCAUAGGAAUACUGCUACGGUGGAUCACUCCCCUCACUGUGGUGCCGACCGUGACGCUGGUGGGCCUCUCGCUCUUCGACGUGGCCUCCCUCAAGGGUUCUGAGCACUGGGGAAUCACCAUCAUGGUGAUCGGCCUGACCAUUGUGUUCUCCCAGCACAUGCGUGACAUUACCGUGCCCUUCCCCAUGUACAAGCCAGGGAAGGGAUACUACAACAUCCCGUGCCAGCCGUUCAAAACACUCUCCCUCCUCCUCGCUGCGAUGAUCACAUGGGGGCUGUGUGGCGUCCUCACCGUCACAGAGGUCCUGCCCGAGGGAUCCGGAGCCAGGACAGACAAGGCCAACACUCUGAUUGCAGCCACACCCUGGAUCCGCUUCCCCUAUCCUGGUCAGUGGGGGCUUCCGACUCCGACUGUUGCGGGCACCUUAGGCAUGAUGGCUGCUGUCUUCGCCUCCAUCAUUGAAAGCAUCGGCGACUACUACGCCUGCGCCAGGGUGGUGGGAUGCAAACAGCCUCCUUCCCAUGCCAUCAAUCGAGGUAUUGGUGUGGAGGGCAUCGGCUGCUUGCUAGCUGGGCUCUUUGGCUCGGGAAGCGGGACCACAUCUUACUCAGGCAACAUUGGUAUUCUCUCCAUCACUAAGGUAGCCAGCCGGCGGGUGAUCCAGUACAGCGGCAUCAUCAUGCUGGUGUGCGGCGUGGUGGCUAAAGUGGGAGCUACCUUCGUCACUAUCCCUGCACCUGUCAUUGCCGGCAUCUUCUACAUCAAAUUUUCCAUGAUUACUGCCGUGGGGAUAGCGACCCUCCAGUACAUCGAUUUCGGCUCCUCCAGGAACCUCUUCAUCCUCGGCUUCUCCAUUUUCUUCGGUCUCUCCUUCCCAAAGUGGUUAGAGGCAAACCCAAAUGCCAUUCAAACCGGAGUGGCGAUGCUGGAUCAGACCAUUGGUGUCCUGCUGCAGACCUCCAUGUUCCUCGGAGGACUGAUUGGCCUCAUCCUCGACAACACCAUUCCAGGCACAGACGAGGAACGAGGCAUCCUGCAAUGGAAUGGAAAGAUAUCUGAAGAGAAGCAAUACAAAGAUUCGAAGAUCUCUUCCCCUUCCUUCGAGACAUCAUCAAUACUGCCAUCAUCCUCAUACUCACCUCCAUAUGAUUUCCCCUACGGCAUGGAUCUCAUUAGAAGUACCAAGUGGCUUCGUUACGUCCCUUUCUGCCCUGUGUAUGAAGGGUUUAGGAGGAAGAAAUCUCAAAGUCAGGAGAGUUCAUCACAAGAGUCUUGUUAAGUGGGUUCUAUUGCGUAGACGUGUCAGCUUCGGCGACAACGAUGGUUUGAGGACGAGACUCCCCAUAGAGCAGCAGCAUCCCUGACUCAGCAUCUGUGAAUGAUGUACGUGAUCGUGUGAUGGAACUAAGGAAAUAAAAGACCAUACUGGUUACAGGAGAAUGUACAAAUCCCACAUAAAGAACCAAAGAACAAAAACGUUAAAUGUAACUAAAGUAGUGCACACUAAUACUGAGAUUACUUAAGUAGUUAGCAGUGUUAACAAAGAGUGACAGUAUACAAAUGAUGGUACGAUGGUUGGUGUAAUCAGUGUUGAGAGGAUGGAUCUUCACCAACCACAUCCGCGAGAGGAUCAGAUGAAGAAAUAAAGCAAUGGUCCUUCGCAUCACGUCCCGAUAGAAGAGCUGGUUGGUGUAUUCCUGCUACGGUACAUCAUUACAUGCCAAUCCGCAUUCCUCCAUUUAAUUUCAUCACACCGCAUUGAUCAUACCAGACUUAUUUCUGAUGGCAAGUUCCAUCUAACCUUCUUGGCCUGUAUACAGGAGUGCCCUUACUAUCUAUCAUAUUCUUUAUCGAUCGUCCUCAUUUCUUUACUCUGCUGGUUGUCUUACUGUUUUGCCCAUUUUUCAACAGAACCAUCGCACAAGUCUUCAACGUAUACUGAGGCGACCUCCUUUCUUUUUAACCACGAUAUUAUAUUUUCUUCGUCAUUAUCAUUCACUACCACUAAUCUAACUAUUUCAUCCCUUCACUUGCCUUCACUAAAUAUCCCUUCACCUUGCUGUUCUGUACAUUUGAAUCCUACUUCCUCCUGACCGUCUCCAAACAUUCAGCUUGUCAUGACUCACUCCUAGUUUUUGUCCUCCGCAUCACUUUCCUGCCUUAGUGCCAUGAAACCUUAGUUGCCUCUGCUGCCUAGAUUCACUCACUCACCCACUCACUCAGUCACGUUCAAUGCGGGUGAAUCCAAUUUCAAGGCCGCGUCCCAUUUGUCCAUUUGUGCUUCAACAGCUCCACUUCAUUCGGUCCCUCCACCCACAUCAACUCGGCUUUAUUCCAUAGGCAUCUCUCUCUCUCUCUCUCUCUCUCUCUCUCUCUCUCUCUCUCUCUCUCUCUCUCUCUCUCUCUCUCUCUCUCUCCUCCUCCUCCUCCUCUUGAGCAAUCUCUUCAGUUUCUCUUUCAUAUUAUUGUAUCUUCCUUCACACACACACACACACACACACUGUACUAGCUAGUUUCUAAUUUGACAGCUUUGUUUAGGAUCACCAGCAAUGUACGAGUAUGCAAGCAAUGUACUUUUGUUAAUUAAGUCUGGUUCAUGGAUAUUAGCACCCUUCCGCCCAGACAUUAGGGUAGCCGGGGUGAGAGUGACCACCGACAAUGACUGUUAAGUAUUUUUUAUUUAAUUAACAAUUUUUUUUUUUCCUCGCCGGCUACACAAGGCAGUUCUCACUCACUGGCAGUCGUAUAGAAGUGUUCGUCUCUAGACCGCUCAUCUCAGUCCGAGGUUUGUUGUCCUGUGUUAGGAGUAGGAGAAAGCCGUCACUCUAGACUCUAUUUCUAAUAGGUAGGAGUGAUAUUUCUGGUAUCUGAUGAUUACUUUAGUGUGUACAUAAGUGUAAAUAGAAUAUUGUUGGGGUUACUUGUGUGUUUACAUAAGCUCCUCGUGAUAGUGAUGCGAGCGAUACAGUUUGUUGUACGUUAA